AUGUAUCUUGAUCAACCUUCCAAUCAGUCCCCCAACCAAUCCCCCAACCAAUCUGCUAUUCAACCCAAGCCUUUUAGCCAGACUCCUGGCAAUGAAACAAUGACUCAACCGUCACCUUCCACAGAGCUCGAGAGUUCUUUGGAAACAAACGGUUAUUUCGAUAUUGAGGAUUCUCUCAAGAUGAAUCCUGCCAUGGAACACGCAAAGACAGUUCAACCGGAAGCUCCUGAGAACCUCGAAGCUGACAAACCUAAGGGCACUACAGAGGUGAAAGUCGGAAACGAUACUCGGGCACCUACUGAGCCUCAUAUCACCAAUGAUUCUCCCAAGAUUCCCGAAAUCUGCGGAGUCAGUGAUGAAACAAUGCCUCAGAUCCCUGAGUCGGAAAUUAACCCACCCGAUUCCGAUGCUCUUCCACAGGCUCAAUCCCCAGUGAGGAAAGCUACGCAAAAGACGGGAGUCACCCCAGAGCCAAAUGGUUCUGGUGACAAAGUUCCUACAAGCUCCGAGUCUAAAGAACAGCCCGCGUCUCAAGAAAAGGAAGCAUUGACUACCGCAGCUUCAAAGGAGAUCCUGGACAAAGGCAACACAGUUACUGAAGCUUUAGAAUCAGAGAAGCCUAAGGCUCUAGCCAAACCCAAGGCCUCGGCCAAACCAAAGGCUCCUCCGAAACCAAAAGCUCCUCCAAAACCCAGAUCCGCCUUAAAGAGCAAGGCUUCUGCGGCAGCCAAAGAGACCGAAGAUUCUCCAAGCAAUGAAAAUGCAAAGGAACCCAGUCAAGCUAAAAAGCAGCCCAGAGCCAAAGCUGCCCCCAAGCCCAAAGUCCCCGAAAAGCCCAAGUCUCCUGUCCUGGAAGAGGUGAUUGUGGAAGAUGAAGCCCCAUCUCAACCCAGGGACUCGACUCCGGCUACCAAGCCUGCUCCUAAGAGGAAGCCCAGGAAGAGCAAAGCAGCAGUCUUAUCAUCCGAGCCAGAUGAGCUUGAGACUAUCCAGCAGCCCAAGGGCCCAGCUUCUUCCAAAAAAGCACCAGCUGGUGAAAAAGUGGCAAAUAAGCCGCAGCCAAAGACUCCCAAGCCAGCCGCCAAGCGCAAGACUGCCGGUAUCUCUACGGAAGUCGACUCCGGUCCCACAGUUCCUAAGAAGCGCAAAGUCACUUUUGAAGUUCACGGGGCGAUUAGCCUCAAUCCUGACCACUCCCUAGUAAAGGAGCUCAACGAUGUGACAAAACUGAUGUCGGAGGUUGAGGCAAUUGACAGGGAGCUUGGAUCACCAGAGGCGAAAGUCGUUACGGAAAAGAUGCGUGAUCGACGCCGCCUAGUUGACCAAAUUGAUCAUAAGAAGGAAGUUAUUUCAUAUGGGAUUUACAUGCAGCCCAAGAGUGUCCAGACUCUGCUAGUUGAAGCAUACCGGGAGAAUUUCGAUGAAGAUCCUUUCCCUCGCAUUUGCGAUACAGACUUUGACUCUGAUGACGUGGAUCCUCCAACUCCCCAAAACUGA